AAAUGAGAGUGGGGCAGCAUGCGUGAAUAGACGAUCUCAGAGAGGAGGACGUGGCGUACUCGCUAGCAUAGCGUCUCUUCACACCCCGCCGAGGAAGCAACAGUUUAGUCAAACAGCCGUAGGGUUAUUGUUGUUACAACAAGUACGAAGCUACACCCCCAGGCCGCCGCCGACAUGAUUUCACUCACGGACUCGCAAAAAAUUGGAAUGGGGCUGACAGGAUUUGGCGUAUUUUUCCUCUUCUUCGGGAUGAUGCUCUUCUUCGACAAAGCCCUCCUGGCCAUUGGAAAUAUUCUGUUCGUCUCAGGGUUGUCCUUUGUCAUCGGCCUGGAGAGAACCGUCAGAUUCUUCUUCCAAAGACAUAAAGCCAAAGCCACCAGCUUCUUUCUGGGAGGAGUGUUAGUGGUUCUGAUAGGCUGGCCCAUCAUCGGUGUCAUUCUGGAGAUAUAUGGAUUUUUCCUCUUAUUUAGGGGAUUCUUCCCGGUUGCGGUGGGCUUCAUCAGAAGAAUACCACUGCUUGGCUCCUUGCUCAGCUUACCAGGAAUCAGAAAUCUGGUGGAUAAAAUCGGCGAGAGCAACAACAUGGUAUAGCAGCAACUAUUUUUUUAGUUUUUUAUUUAUCUUGUUCCCCUCACUUGGUCAUUGCCACUCCAGGACUGCGACUGAACCUACACAACACAAACUAGUGUUUACCCUUUUUUGAAUUGUUUUCACCUGAUGGAUUUUGUCUGGCGUCCUGUCUGCCAUUCAUGGACUCGGGACCAAUGGAUCUUUUCAAAGAAGAGGUCCGGAACCCUCUAGGCAUCCAUGUUCACUUAGUCUCCCUCUGGGAAGUCACUGGAGUCAUCUGAGUGAAAUAUCUUAUCAAUGUCGCAUGUACAAAACUGCUUUUCAUUGGCUCCUUGAGCUGAACUAUGACUCUCCAACAAGCUGUCAUUUUUGUAAGUGCUUACUUAAAGUGUCGUUUUAGAGAAAUAAACAUUUUUUACCUGCAAA